AUGGCCAAUAUCAACCAGCAAAUAUCCGCUCAAUUACAGGGCAAAUCCCUCCCGGUCUCUUCGUCUUGGCUCAACACCUUCGUAGCAUCCACAUCCCACCAGCGCAAUGUGCCCCUCGCCGCCCUGACGCAAACCGCUGUAUUUCGCGUCCUGGCAUCAGAUUUCAGAGAUUCCCUGACGACCAGCUCCCCGUCCUCGCUACUCCCCGCCGAAAUAUCCGACCCUACAGUGCAAGAAAGACGGAUCCAGGGCCCGAUUCCGGUGCAGGUCCUGGACAUCGAAGAUAUCGGCUCUAGUCUAUGGAGCCAAGUCGAGGCCAUCGAGCGCGUCGAACGAGGAGAAGCGAUACGGGGCCGGGAGAUCGUGCGGACGGUGAAUGUAGGCGAAGACAGAGGGGAGGGUGUCGACAGCGCGAACGGUACCGCUGGUUCAAACGAGCUGGGGAAUAACAAUGGUCCGCAUCGACUGAUUGUUCAAGACGCGAAGGGAACAAAGGCCGUGGCCGUGGAAUUGAGACAGGUUCAUGGUAUUGGCAUUGGGAAGCUCGCGAUCGGAGCGAAGUUGCUUUUGCGUAAUGUGACGGUUGCGCGAGGAAUGAUGCUGUUGACGCCCGAGUGUGUGACCAUUCUUGGAGGAAAGAUUGAUGCGAUGGAUCUGAGUUGGAGAGAUGGUCGGAAGGAAAGAUUGUUGGCGAGGAUUACAGCAGCAGCUGGAGAGCAGACGCAGUGA